CACUACUAUAUAACAAAUAAUUUGAGUGUAGGCAGAAUCAUGGCAGGACGAGGAAGCAAAGCAGGGGCUAGUGACGACACUGUCAUCAGGAUCCCACCUCACUUUUAUAUACAUGUGCUGGAUCUCAAAUCCAAUGUUACCAAACCUAUAAUCGGACCUGAGACCUUCGUCAGACAGGAUAACGAGAAAGUGGUAGAUGGACCCACUAAGAUGGUGAUAAUCCCACCAAACCACUACUGUGUAGUUGCUAACCCUGUUAUGAGAGAUGAGGAGGGAGAGGUUCAGUUUGAUCAGUACGGACAGGCUAAACUACUACACGCAGACCAAGAAGUACGUCUCACUCAAGAGCCCUUCCCUUUGUACCCCGGAGAGUCCAUGGAGACCAAGGUAACCAAACUGCGCGCUGUUCCGACCAACACAGCACUCCGCCUGCGCGCUAUCGCAGACUUCUCAGACUCUGACGGAACUAAGAGAUGGGCUCACGAUGAGUGGCUCUUUACUGGACCUGGAACAUACAUACCCCACAAGAACGUGGAGGUUGUUGAGACGAUCAGAGCGAGCAUCAUCAGUCCCAACCAGGCUCUCAGACUCAGGGCUCUCAAGGCAUGCAAGGACCAGGGAGGAAAGGAUCGAGUGUGUGGGGAGGAGUGGCUGAUCAACAAGACUGGAGCGUACCUACCAGGUGCGUACGAGCAAGUUGUCGGGUUUAUCUCCGCAUACGUUUUGACAGAGAACAUUGCGCUGCACCUGGAGGCCCUGCAGAGUUAUAAGGAUAGGUUUGAUGUGGACAGGAAGAGUGGAGAACAGUGGCUUAUCACCAUCAACGACUCUGAAGCGUUUAUCCCGGACGUGUACGAGAAUGUGAUACAAGUAGUGAACAUCUCCACACUGACUAACAGACAAUACUGUGUCAUACUCGACCCAAUGGGAGAGGACGGUAAGAACAAGUUGGGACAGAGGAAACUGAUAAAAGGAGAGAAGAGUUUCUUCUUGCAGCCAGGAGAGAGACUUGAGGCUGUACAGGACGUUCAUAUUCUGGGGGAGGAUGAGGCUAUCAUCAUCAAGGCAGUGCUCGCUUUCAAGGACAAUGGUGUAGACAGAGCUCCAGGCAACAUGUGGAUGAUACGAGGACCCUGCGAGUUUAUUCCCACAGUAGAGAUGGAGAUAAUAGACAGGAGGAAAGCAAUGCCCCUGGAUGAGAACGAGGGUAUAUACGUGAGGGACAUGAAAACUGGAAAGGUGAGAGCAGUAGUUGGACAGACUUAUGUGCUGAACCAAGAUGAGGAACUGUGGGAUAAACCUCUACCAGAACAAAUAGAGAAACUUCUGAACGCAGAAAUUGAUCCUCUAGCUGACAGGACCGCUCGGGCACACAACAAGGAAACUAAAGGAAGACUGAAAAGCAAGGUCGUUAGCUACAGAGUACCGCAUAAUGCAGCUGCUCAGAUCUACGACUACAAGGCUAAGAAGGCCAGGGUUGUGUUUGGACCUGAUCUGGUAAUGUUGGCUCCAGAUGAGCACUUCACCCAACUCUCCCUAUCCGGAGGUAAACCAAAACGUCCCAACUGUAUCCGAUCUCUGUGUCUCCUGCUGGGACCCGACUUUAUGACUGAUAUCAUAACUGUAGAGACUAGUGACCACGCCCGACUUGCUCUGCAACUCUCUUACAAUUGGCACUUUGAGCUAUCUAAGGACAAUGCUGAGAACGCUGCAGCGCUCUUCGCUGUACCUGACUUCGUGGGAGACUCGUGUAAAGCGCUCGCUUCUAGGAUCAGAGGGGCUGUGGCGGCCGUGCCUUUUGAUGACUUCCACAGGAACUCUGCUCGAAUCAUCAGAACAUCUGUCUUUGGACUGGAUGAGAAUAUGAAGGUGAAGGACAGCUUCAAGUUCACUGCAAACAAACUAGUAAUAACGAACGUGGAUAUCCAGUCAGUGGAACCCGUUGACCAGAGAACCCGAGAUUCCCUCCAGAAAUCCGUACAGUUGGCUAUUGAGAUCACUACUAAUUCCCAGGAGGCUUCUGCUAGACAUGAAGCUGAACGUCUUGAGCAGGGUGCUAAAGGUAAGCUGGAAAGACAAAAGAUUCACGACGAGGCAGAGGCUGAGAAAGCCAGGACUGAAUUGUUGAAACUGCAGUCCCUGUCAGCGGCUGUGGAGAGUACUGGUCAAGCCAAGGCAGAGGCAUUGUCUCGUGCUGAAUCCCUGAAGAUUGAGGGUCAGGCUGCUGUCGAGCAGGCUCAACUCAAGGCAGAGGCUCAGAACAUUGAAGCAGAAAACGAGCUGAGGAGAAUUAACGACGCCCGUAAAGGAGAACUGGAGUACAUCAGCUCCACCAACGGUCUUGAGAUAUCAAAAGCGCAGAAGAUGGCUGAGAUUGAGACAGGCAAAUUCCAGAACAUGGUUACCACCCUUGGUCCUGAAAACAUUGCCAGGAUUGCUACCUCUGGUCAUGACAACCAGUUGGCGAUGUUGCAAGCCCUGGGACUACAGUCUACACUCAUCACUGACGGUUCAACUCCUCUCAACCUCUUCAACACUGCUAAAGGACUCGUUGGUGCACUGCCUCCUCCACAGCAUUAGCUGAGGAAAUGAGAAAUCUUGGGAUAAAAACGGACAUUUUCAAGCUGUUGACAGCGUCAAGAAACGCUUUAUUUUUCACAUAACAUUCAAGUAUAUAAACUCAGUAUGUUUGAGAUUUAUUAAUAAUAAACCUUCGUUAAGGAAGUAUGUAUUUCAGUUUUUUUGUGGAUGAUUUUAUAGUGUUUUAGAGUAGUCAGUUUAAUGUGAAAAAAUUUAAAAUGUAUAUUACAUAUUAUUAUUAUUACAUAUUAUUAUGCUAGUUUUUCGCACAAUGUGUCAAUGAUAAUGAAUUUCGCAUCUUGUUAGAAACUUUAAAAGAAUGAUUGCUCGUUUAACAAAA